UAUUCAUAUUAUGAUUUUUCAUGAAACAAAAUAGUAUAAAAAUAAUAUAUUUUUAUAAUCUUCGUACACAAUGAUUACUGAAAAAUUGGAAGAUGCUGGAGAUACGAUCAUUUGGAAUAAUUUGACAGUGACUGUUCGUCAAAAACGAGAUUUUUUCACAACUAUUUAUAAAAAAUUCCAAAAAAGAGAGUACGAAGAAACUUUGACUAUUUUGAAAGGAGUGUCUGGUUAUGCUAUGACGGGGAAUCUGAUUGCUAUAAUGGGAUCAAGUGGUGCUGGAAAGACGACAUUUUUGGCCACUCUAGCAGGAAGAAUCAAAUCAACAACUGGUUCGGUAACAAUAAAUGGUCAAAUCAUUUCACGGACAAUUAUGUCUGUAAUGUCUAGUUAUCUACCUCAAUUCGAUGCUCUGCCAACUUCACUUACCGUGGAAGAACAUUUAUUAUUCUCGUGCGCUUUGAAGAUGGAUAUUAGCAAAGUACAAAGGAAAUUCUUGUCGAUGAAAUUAUUAAUGGAAUUGAACCUGAUCGAUUGCAAAGAUGUGUUGAUAUCGAAUUUGUCUGGUGGACAGAGGAAACGAGUUUCCUUGGCCAGCGAGAUAAUUAGUAGGCCAAAGAUACUAUUUCUCGACGAGCCGACCACGGGCUUAGAUAGAUUUUCUGCAAUGCAAGUGGUUAAUGCAUUGAGAGUUAUAAGUUUGAAAUCUACAGUAUUUUGUACGAUUCAUCAACCAGGAAUGGAUAUAUAUAAUAUUUUUACUCAUGUCUUAUUGUUAUCUGAUGGAAAAACAGGUUAUUUUGGAUCUUUAAAAGAUGCUACAAAAUUUUUCUUAAGUUUAGAUUACGAAUGUCCAGUUGGCUUCGACGAAUCCGAAUACUACGUAAAACUCUUAUCUCGAAGAAACCCCAUAACGUACGCGACAAAUCCCAACCCUGAGGACACUGGACCCAGUGAACUUAUCGAUAAGAUAUGUCGAGCAUUCUCACGAUCUUCUCUCUCGAGAAUUCCUGAAAUCAAAAACACGAGAUACUUUGAAAUCGAGCCACAGAGAAAAUCUGGAUAUAUGACACAAUUCUUUUGGUUAAUGUGGAGAAUAUGGAUUCAGAAUCGAAGGACGAUCUUCGAGGGAUGGAUUUCAUGGUUUUCUUAUUUCCUUUCCAUGGCGGCUGUAGCCACUUUUUACAUGAGUAUUAAUCCAAGGACGCAAGAGGGUGUGCAAAACGCAAGGGGCGCUUUGUACAUGAUGAGCUCUGAAAUUUCGUUCACGGUCGCCUAUUCCGUGAUUUACGAAUUCCCUGGCCAGCUUCUGAUUUAUUUGCGAGAGGAUGGUAUUUAUAGUUGUGGGCCCUAUUAUGUCGCCACAUUUUGCGGAUUGGUACCAAAAGCUACAUUGAAGGCUGUUAUGUUUACAACAGUUAUAUAUUUUAUUUUAAUAAGUCAAAUAGACUUGUUGAACUUUUUAUUCUACUGUCUAAUUACAUCGACAGCUGCGAUUUGUGGUACAGCAUAUGGUUUAAUGUUUUCCAUUAUGAUUGAGAAUAUCGAUGUCGCUACAUCAAUCAUGGUACCUAUUGACAUGUUAUUUUUACUAACUUCUGGGAUGUUUUAUAAUCUCAGGUCGCUGCCUACGUAUCUGACGUGUUUUAAAUAUUUCUCGAUAUUCUUUUACCUGAACGAAGCUCUUUCCAUAAUUUAUUGGUCACGAAUAGACGACAUCGACUGCCAAGUAUCUAGCGACUUUCCUUGUUUAAAAAAUGGAAAACAAGUGUUAUCGGAAUAUGGAUUCAAGGAGAACAAUCUUAUUUGGGAUAUGAGCGGGCUCUUGACUUUAACAAUUGCAAUGAAUAUUAUUGGAUAUUUCGGUCUACGAAGGAGGAGAAAAAUUCAAACAAUAUUAUAAAUAACAAUAAUACAAUUA